AGCUAAAACUUGCCCUUGGGAAUGUAGCCAUAUGUUGCGUGUUAUACAGCAGCCCCGCUUUAAACUAAACAUUUCAGCAGUUAAGAUUGAAAAGAGCACAGCAAGACCGAGGUGAUUUAACAAGGAAAGUGUAUUGUGUUGUGCAAAUGAUACAAUCCUUUAUGUUCUCUGUAGUCUCUAGUUGACCACUGUAGGUUUUAUGCAACAUUCAUUCCCUUCUGACAGCUGUUUAGAGCCUGCUUUUUCAUGUGACAUUUAUUGCAUGCAGACAUCUCGGGAUAUGCAUCCCCGACUGUUUGCUUAGAAAAUCCCAGCUCCCCGCAAAUGAUAUCCAGGUCCUGGUCACUGCUGCUAACAGCAUGAAGACAAAGCAAGGUCAGUUCUGUACCCUGCCUUCCUUUCCUAUUCCCCAUUACACCAUAUGGAUUCCCUCAAAGUGUAAUGUGUUCCAUUGCUUUUAGACACUGUGCAGAAACCAAAGCCAGGAAUGUUUUUCUGUUCAAAUAUAGUCAGGAUGACAACUCACGCCUGUAGUCCAAACCAAAUAUCUGCACUUGAGAACCUGAGACCUCUAAAAUUCAUCGGAACUCCAAAGUCACAGCAGCAGUUCUCUGCACUUGUGUAAAAGCAGUCCUUGCAGGGGCUCAGGCUGCCUGAUAAAGCAUGGAGAGUAUUUUCAGCUGUUGGAAAAGACAGAGAUAAAACUUAGUCAGAGUUCUGACUAACUUCUUGCCCUUGGCACAGGGCAACACUGGCUCCCAGAAGGGAGUCUGGGGAGUUGUCUGAAGCAUCUGAAAGAGGCUUAAAUUCUGACAAGUGCUGUAGAUUUGAGGCCACCGAUGGCUGCAUCUGAGAGUCCUUUAAGUACAAGUCUCUCUUGGGAAAGCCGUGAUACUCUUAACCCAGGGCAGAGAACACGGAUGAAAUGUCAACAGAUGUGCACUCUGGUCCUGAUAAUCCUUAAAAUAUCUACAGAAGAGAGCUGUGCUUGAAAUUUAACAAUGACCGUAUUAAUGAACUAAGUAUAAACCUGAAAUUUUGCUUUUUACCAGCAGCGACUCUGAGGAUUCUGGCCAGAGCUUGUGCACCAAAGAAUCCAGAUGCACAGUGACUUUAUCAGAAGCAUUGUUAGUGUGCACAGCAUUAAGUUCAUGUGUCUCCCUUAGCUCCGCAAGUUGCAUCUGUAAGUUCUGAAUACCUCAGCAUAACAGCUUUCUUCAUCUGACUCUCAUUGCUAUAAUAACUGAGGUUUGUCUUGGCCUUACUGCUGAGCUGGUUUCUGAGCAAAUACUUGGCUUAAAUUUUAAAAGUUUUGAAAGCAUUCUGCAGCCAGUGGUUUGGUAAAGUUGGACGCACAGGCACUGAAUUUUUAUGUGGAUGGGCACAGUGCAUUCCUACCAUAUUCUCUCCCUUCUGAUCCAUCAAGGUAUAACCUGCUUGCUACCUUGACAGGGAAGCAGGAUCCUAAAUGUCUCAGAGGUCACAAAUCAUCUCUGCAGCUAAAGAUUCCCAUUCACCCACCACACGUGGUGCAAGAAGAUAAAUGGCUAAUAUACAGUACGGUCUCUUUCCCCAUUCAGAAUGCUUCAGUAACUCAUGGAAAAAGCCUUGGCUGUGCUAACCUUUAGUAGCUGUGUGAAGAAGUAUUUGGAAACAAUGAGGUCCUCAAGAAUGCGCUUUCUCUAAAGCUCUAGGUACUAACUUUGGGCAAGGGGAGGGGUCUGAGCCGAGAUACACUUUACAAAAUCUUUUACUUUCUUUAUAUUGGGACGAAGGAAGUUCUUAGUUCCCUCAGGCUAUGUGGUUGUGUGAGUUCUCAGUCUAUGCUUUAAAACUCAGGUUCAUGUAGUCAUCUUCAGAAACAGUAAGGCGCUAACUGGGUUCUUGGAAGAUUUCACGUUCCUGCUCUGCCAGAUUCCGUGCUUGACCUCAGGCAAGUCUUUUCUCCUGCACAGUACUAUGGGCCUUAAGCUGUAAGGUGUAGAUAACAGCACUGCCUUACCUUCAAGACUGAUGUGAGAUCAAAUGCUCUGGGAGACUGUAAGAUGCUCAGACGCUCUGGCGAGAAGAGAGGGCAUAUGCAAUAGUGCAUAAGUUAAAAUAUUUUCAAACGCUGCUGACUUUUACUAGCCGUAUGAAAGGUGGAUGCACUUAAUGCCGUUAGGCAGUUCCAUGACUGAAACUCAAUGUUCUUCCAGCACUGUGUUUGCUGGCAGUAUUUUUCUUUCAAGCUGGUACUGCUUUACUGGAGAAGAGCUCUUGGCUGAAGUUUUUGAGCCCCAUUCCAAGGCAGGUUUUUACUUCAAGACUCCCUUCGCAGUCAGUCUUUCUGCAGAUGUGUUCUCGUCUACAGACUCUGACAGAAACUUGUUCAGGGGACUCGAGACACUGCCUGGAGAUGCCUUAAAGAACCUAACAGCUUCGGACAAACUGACCACUUCUCCAGAGCUUUUUGAAACUCUAGUGGUUCUGCACAACUUUGGCAGUGACUGCAGGGCUGCUCAGAAAUACUCCAAAUGCAACUGUGAGCAAAAGGAUUACCAAUGCAUUCUGUGAAGAGAAUGUCUUAGUGUCUGUUGCAUCUCCCUCUAAAAAGUAUUAAAGAACGACAUGGAUCAAGUAGAGCAACUUUGUGCAAACAGAAGGAAGAGCUUCCUCUCAGUUGACAAGAAAAAGAGCAAUAGCUGUAGAACCAUUGUGGGAUUUUUAUGCAUAUUCCCUGUGGUGGCUUUGCUGGCUAUUGUGGGAGAUCCAGCUGGAGCUGCAGUUCAGAAAAGUCAGGAAGAUGCCACAUCACCUGGUCUUCAUGGAGUGAGUGUCUCUGCUUUGCACAGUCCAGCUUUCCCACCUCGGCCUCCAGCAAGGAGAAAACGAUAUACGAUCACACCAGGACACUUGAAAUGGGACCACUUCAACUUGACAUACAAAAUCCUGUCCUUUCCAAGAAACCUCAUAAACGCCAGGGACACACGCAAGGGACUAGCGGCUGCGUUCCGAAUGUGGAGUGAAGUUUCACCAUUCAGCUUCAGAGAAGUGCCACGCCACGUAGCGAGUGACUUGAAAAUAGGCUUCUACUCUAUCAAUCACACAGACUGCCUGGAGUCUCUUAUUCACCACUGCUUUGAUGGAACAACAGGGGAACUUGCCCAUGCCUUCUUCCCACCCAACGGGGAAAUCCAUUUUGAUGACCAUGAAUAUUGGAUAUUGGGGAAUACCCGGUUCAGCUGGAAAAAAGGUGUUUGGCUUACAGAUCUGGUACAUGUAGCAGCUCAUGAAAUAGGACAUGCCUUAGGACUCAUGCACUCCCUGAAUCCCAACGCCCUCAUGCACAUCAAUGCCACUUUGACUGGGAAAAAGACCAUCUCUCAAGAUGAAGUUUGGGGAAUUCACAGACUUUACGGAUGUAAAGACAGAUUAUUUAUGUGCCCAUCAUGGGCACAAAAAGGUUUCUGCGAGAAACGCAGGAAGUUGAUGAAAAAGCACUGUCCAUCCACCUGUGACUUCUGCUAUGAAUUCCCAUUUCCAACAGUCCCCCCUACUCUGCCCCCGCCAAGGACAAAAACCAAGACUGUUUCUGAAGGCAGGAACGUCACCUUCCGCUGUGGACAGAAGAUAAUUCAUAAAAAAGGCAAAGUUUACUGGUAUAAAGAUAAGGAGCUUCUGGAAUACUCAUAUCCAGGUUACUUAUCCUUAAAUGAAGAUCACAUGAGCAUCAUUGCAAAUGCAAUUAAUGAAGGAACUUACACUUGUAUAGUAAAGAAAAAAGAAAGAAUCUUGACUACUUAUUCCUGGAGAAUCAGACUGAAGCACUAACAAGGGCCCUGGACUGAGCACU